AUGCGUUUCGGAAAAACGUUGAAAGCUUCCAUCUACCCGCCAUGGGAGGGGAAAUACAUCGACUAUGCAAAGCUCAAGGGCAUGCUACGAGAACGUGAGCUCGAUGGAGACGACAGCGACUCGGAACCACAGCCAUGGACCGAAAACGACGAAGAAUCAUUCGUGCAGGAGCUCGUCAACGUCCAAUUGGACAAGGUCAACGCCUUCCAAUCGGAGAUGUCCCAGCAAUUGCGAGACCGCACCAAUGCUUGUGAGGCCAAGCUCAUGCCGCUCGCCAGAAAGUCUUCUGGUGAUGAUGGAGAAAUUGACGAGAAGAAACGGAAAGAAAUUGCGGAAGAGGCGGUCCAAGAGCUCGAUCAAAUCACCAAAGAGGUGAGCGAAUUGGAGAAAUACAGCCGAAUCAACUUUUCAGGGUUCCUCAAGGCUGCAAAGAAACAUGACCGAAAGCGCGGCGCACGCUAUCGAAUUCGACCUCUUCUUCAGGUCCGGCUGUCUCAGCUCUCAUUUAACUCGGAGGAUUAUUCUCCUCUCUUGCACAGAUUAUCGGCCAUGUACACUUUUACACGCCAAAUCCUUGGUCUUGAACUUCCAGAAGGCCAAGAAGCGAGCGGUGACGGCCGUCUAGGCCAUGAUUCCUACGUAUCGUACAAAUUUUGGGUCCACACGGAUAAUAUUGUGGAGGUCAAGACCCAUAUCUUGCGUCGACUCCCUGUGUUAUUGUACAAUCCGACCACCUCCAAGGACCUGGAUGUCUCGCAAAAGGACCCGACAAUCACAUCGUUGUACUUUGAUAAUUCUUCCUUCGAUCUAUACAACCAGAAAGUCACACGUGCUGAAGGAGCUGGGUCACUUAGGCUGCGUUGGUCUGGAGAUCUCAACGAAGCGCCAGCAAUUUUCUUGGAGAAAAAAGUUGUUGUGAGCGAGGACCGCAGUCGCGAAGUACGAGUGCAGCUCAAGGGGAAACACGUCCAAGAAUUCCUCAAAGGGGAAUACAAAUUUGAGAAAAAGGUACAUCGCCUCGAAGACAGAGCUCAGGGCGAAUCUCAGGAAGCUCAGGCCUUGAAGAAGGAGGUGGAAGAGCUUCAGUCGUUCAUCAAAGAACAUGAUUUGCAGCCCAUGCUGCGCGCAAACUAUACCAGGACCGCGUUCCAGAUUCCCGGGGAUGAUCGCAUUCGAAUUUCGCUAGACACCAAUCUUGCCCUGAUUCGGGAGGACGCUUUAGACCCCCAACGACCCUGCCGUGAUCCAGACGAUUGGCAUCGGAGGGAUAUCGACGACUUGGGAAUGCAGUAUCCUUUCAGCUCUAUCAACAAGGGCGAGAUUGCACGCUUUCCGCAUGCCUUGCUAGAGAUCAAAUUGCGAAAUGGCGCUCGUCAUGUAGAAUGGUUGCAUGAUCUUAUGGUCUCACAUCUUGUGAAAGAGGCGCCUAGAUUCUCAAAAUUUGUUCAUGGUGUGGCGUCACUUUUUGAGGACCAUAUCAACUCCUUGCCGUUCUGGCUUGGUGAGUUGGAGAAUGACAUUCGACAAGACCCCCAAACGGCGUUCCAGCAGGAACAAGAGCGGGAGGCCCAGCGUGCGGAGGAAGAUUUUGUGGUUGGAAGCUUCUUGGGAGCGAAAGGCAGUCCGCUACAGACGAUGAUGGGAUCGCCCAUAUCGCGCAUGGGCGCCGGAAGGGGUUCAUCGCCUGGACGUUCGACGAUGUUGAGCGGUACACCAAGUAGAGUUGAACGUCCUUCAAUUACCGCCAAAGAUAUACCCCGUACGACAGAAAUUAGCAAGCCAUCUCCGACGACAGAGGCGACACCUUCGCAACCUGCGCAAAGCCAAGAAGGCGCGGCGAGCACGUCUUACCUUGGAAGCCUGUUCCCAUCUUUCUCCAUGUCCCGCUAUGCGCAAGCACAUCGUCAAAGAGGCUCAAAACUUCCACCAGGUGUUUCAGCACCCGAAGUCUGGAUUAAAGAUGCGGGACCAGUACGUGUGGAGUCCAAGGUGUGGCUCGCCAACCAGCGAACAUUCAUCAAAUGGCAGCACGUCAGCGUCUUGCUCGCCUCGUUAUCACUGGCUCUAUACAAUGCGGCGGGCAUCAACAACAUUGUUGCACAAGCCUUGGCGAUUGUCUACACAUUCUUCGCAGUCUUUGCCUCGGUGUGGGGUUGGUAUAUGUACGAGAAGCGGGCACGAUUGAUCCGACAGCGCAGUGGCAAGGAUCUUGAUAAUAUGUUUGGUCCGCUUGUUGUCUGCAUUGGACUUGCAGGAGCACUUCUUUUGAACUUUGGAUUCAAGUACAAAGCAACUUUGGACGCCGCUCGUGGAUAUGCUUAUCCCAGCAGUGUUGAGAUGUUGACAAAUGCCACAACAGACUCUCUUUUCACCGUACAGAGCAAUGUUUGAAUGGAGUUACUCGUAGAUCCGAUGUCGGUCAGCAUAUAAUCAUCUGUGGAAAUAAUGAAACUACGAAUGUAUAGCACCAUGUCUUUUUUUUUUCCGACGGCAAUGUACCAUAUUCAUCUACUUGUAGGUACGUAUGAUAGAAGAUGACCAAAAAACGAUAUUGAAUGAUCUUCAGGCAGUUUCCAGAUAUCAAUCAAUGUAACAUUUCCGGAC